AUGGGUCUUGCAACGGAACUGGGUAUUCUGAUGAUUCACAUCUACUUUGUCAUCGUCCAUACAAUUUUUGUAAUCAUCAAUUACUUCGUUAAAAAACGCUCCGUGCCUGCUCCAUUUGAUGACGUCGUAAUGCUCAGUGCUACAGAUGCAGUGAAGAAAAUCAAAAGAAGAGAGCUUCUUCGACGACGACCGCUCUACGGUGUCCCAUUCAGUUGUAAAGAUUCGAUUGAGAUCAACGGUCAAAUCGUUACUACUGGGUCGUACUACCGACGAAAUCAUCGUUGUACGAAAACUGGUCUUGCUGUCCAAAGGAUGCAAGAUGCGGGUGGCAUCCUGAUAGCGAUCACCAAUGUGCCUGAACUUUGUGCCUGGAUCGAAACUACGAACACAGUUUACGGUAGAACGAGAAAUCCAUAUGAUCUUCGGCGUAUAGUUGGUGGAAGUAGUGGUGGUGAAGGAGCACUGCUCAGUGCAGCUGGCACUCCGGUGGGCGUUGGUAGCGACGUCGGGAUUAUUCCAAUUGAUGGUCAUGCCCCCGAACCUUCGGGUUACAAAAGGCAGAUGCUUCGAGAAGGACCGAUGUGUCGGUACGUUGAGGAUAUUCCCCUGUUGUACGAGAUUAUGGCCGGUGAAAGGUUCAAAGAAAUGCAUAUGGACGAGCACGUUGACUUCAAAAAGUGCCGAGUUUUCUACAUGCUUGGAAUUCGACAUCCACUUGUUGAGCCCCUGGGAGAUGUUAUGAAGGAAACACUCUUGAAAGCUGUAUCCCAUUUUGAGAGCACAUUUGGUCUAGAAGGAAUAGGUCUCGACUUGCCGCUGACAUUAUAUGAGCCUGAAUUCUAUUCAGCAAGUUCAGAGGGAAACUUAGAGCUCUCCAGGAAAGCAUUGAGUUUCGAGGGCGAUGCCGGCCAGUUAAACGUUUGGAAAGAACUACCAAAAGUGCUUACCGGGCAGUCCCAUCACACGGCGGCCGUUCUUCUUAUCACAUUCAUGGAAUCACUGCAUAAACAUGGUAACGAGGAGUCCAAUGAAAAGUAUAUUCGAAUACGCGAUCGAUUGAAGCGACAAAUUGUCGAAACGCUGGGAAACAACGGAAUACUCUUCUUUCCCUCAUGGUCCAGACCUGCCCCAUUUCAUCGUGAGCCACUUUUCGCCGUCUUGAACACUGCCUAUACGGCCCUGUUCAAUGCUCUUGCACUGCCCGUCGUUCAAUGCCCCAUGGGUCUUGACAAAAAUGGUAUACCUCUUGGAGUACAGAUUGUAGCUGCCCCAGGAUGUGAUCGACUGCUAAUAGCUGCGGCAAACGAGAUCAACGCGGCAUUUGGAGGAUGGAGGCCAGCUUGGGAACAGCCGGAACAGCCAGCAGAAAAGAAACUGGCAGAACCCCAAAGCAACUAUAGUCUUCUGUAG